AUGACGCUCGACCUGUGCGAGGCGGAGCAGUCCGCGCUCGCGCGCGAGCACGUCCUCACCGCGCGCCUGUACACGGACGAUCCGCACUCGCACGCGGGUCCGCGUUCGAUAUCCCCGUUCGCGCCGUGCUGCGCCUCUCGGCUUCCCGUCGUCUACGACGCCGCGCGGCUGACGCGCGACUCCGUCGUGUGGGACCUAGGGUGCGGCGACGGACGCGUCCUUCACGACGCCGCCGCGCGGUACGGAUGCCGGUGCGUCGGCGUGGAGAUCGACGCGACGUGCCUGCGGCGGUGCGCGUCGAGGGCCAAGUCUCGCGGGCCCGUCGUGGAUACCCUGUGCCGAUGGCAUCUCGCGGACGUGACCGCCGCGCCGGAGGGCGUCCUGGGCCGCGACGACGCGCUCGCGCCGGGGACGCCCGCGCCGACGGUCGUGAUCGUCUUCGUCACCGGACACGGCCUGCGCGCGAUAUCGCCGUGGCUGAAGCGCGAGUGGGAGCGCGCGCCGAGACCGUUUACCAUCGUGACGUGCGUCGAAUCCCUGGACGCGUGCGUCGAUUACCGCGACGGCGUGUCGUUCGACGACUUCGACCCGCGCGCGGCGAAUCCGGACGGAUGGGAGGUGUACCGAGACGAGACGCACGCCAAGUACGGCGUCUUCGUCGUCCCGCCGCGGUGCGUGAGCGUGGAGGCGUGGAGGGCGUCGCGGCCGACGCCGCGCGCGUGCGGCCCCGGGAGCGUCGCCGCCGACGCGGAGCCCGUCGCCGUCGUGCGAAACGUGCUCACCGACGCCGAGUGCGCGGCGUUGCAUCUGUUCGCCGCGUCGACGGGCUUCGAAGGGCCGCACAGGACGCGCACGGAGGACGAGGAGGAAGAAGAGAGAGAGAGGAUGGAGAGAGGGGAAGCGCGCGGGGGCGGGGGCAGCCUUCGCGGCGAGGGCGCGGAGGACGACGGCGAGGAGGGCGAGGAGGGCGACGACGACGACGACGACGACGACGCGGACGAGGAAGAACAGCUGGCGAUGACGCUCUCUGAGGCGAUCCUCAACGCCGACCGCGGAUCGCCGUCGUCGCAGACGAGCGCGGACGGGACGUGGGCCGCGGUCGAGGACGCGUACCACGCCAUGCCGUCGCACCGCGUGAUGCAUCUGCACGCGAACGCGGAGAUCGAUAAUCGCGCGCCGGGUCUGCGCGCGAAGCUUUUGCGCGCGUUGCACCGCGCGGACGAGGGCGACGCGCGCGACCGGCCCGGCGGCGACGCGCGCCGCGCGCCGCGCGAGUGCGUCGUCGAGAGCGGCGGCGGGUGGGGCCUCCUCCGCGGCCGCCACGCGUACGUGCGGUCGAUCGAGUAUCACGCGUAUUCGCAGGGGGGGUCGGUGAGCGAUCCGACGCACCGCGACGCGGGCUCGACGCUGACGAUGAGCGUGUUGCUCGACCGCGAGGACGCCGGCGGCGGCGGCGUGCUGUUUACGGCGGACGGCGCGGGGGUCAGGACCACGGUCGAGGGGUUGCGGAGAGGCGACGCGGUCGUGUUUCCGUCCGAGCGCGUGCACGGGGUGACGCCGCUCGUGAGCGAGGACGCGCGGCGGUCGUCCGUCGUGCUCGAGGUGUGGGAAGGCGGCGUCACGUCGCACAAUCGACAGCGGUGA